AGCGCGACCCUCAGAUACCUCUCCAUUUCGAAACAAAGGGGAAGAGCGCUUCCUCGGUAAAAGAACUGCCGCCGGCUGCAUCGUGUACGGCUCUGGCGUAGAAGUCCUUUCCUUCUCGCCUCACAUCCAAUAAGAACGCACACACUUGCACACCUACAACCAGACAUACGCGCAUAUAUACGUAUUGCACGCUUACCAUUUUCUUCUUCCUUUUCUGCGUCGUCAAAACACACACCGCGUGGAUGACGAGCUUCGCCUCCUCCGCCGCCUCUGCUUGGUCUCAAGGCGAAGACGGGACGUGGAGAAGCUGCACCGGCAGUGCGCAGAUUGCCGUUGUCAAUGCAACGGACGAAACAGACCCUCCGGCGGACACUGCGGUUUGGUUCUACUCCAACGCACGGCAUCAGCUAACGGCAACGCACGCCGCGGCGGACGGUGAUGCGGGUGGGGCAGUGCCGUACGGAACCGCCGCUGCAACGCUGCGACAGCGGCCGCGACCGGCCACGGCGGAUGCCGCCACAACGGUCGGCUUCGACGUGAUACCGUGCGAUGUGAUGAUCUCCACCGUGGGGCGCAGGUCGGCAGAGUCGAACCGCCGUUUUGCACGUCCGCGGCAGCGUCCCCGCAUCUCUAUCAGCCCCGCCCACGGCACCGUGCGGUCUGCCGGCAACUCCGUGCGGGUGACGGAAGGCUCGUUGACCUCGCAGGACGCCGUUGGUCGUCUCAUGAGUGUUCUCAAUGACUGUGACGCGCAACAGCAACAGCUGCAGGAGCAGCAGGAGCAGAGGCAGCGGCGCACGUCUGCUGGACGGAAGGGUCUCCACCCCUCCUACGAAAACUCCUACACCGCCAACUCCUUUCCUACACCGCACGCGCCGAGCGAUCGAAGUUACCGCGACUCCGCAGGAUCGACCAUGUCGGCGCACCUUGAGGAUCUCACGAGGAGGUGGGUGUUAGCGGAAGCGAAAGAGGAGGCGGCAGAGGCAGCUGCUGCAGCAACCGCGCAGAGGGCUGGGAGUGCGGGAGAGAUCCGAUCACGAGCCACCGUCGGCAAGAUGCCGGCAUACCGCACGGUGCCCGCGCAGGCUGCGACACCCGUCCACAACUCCUGCGUGAUGCGGCUGCGCAAGUGCAAGUUUAGGCCGUCCAACGCUGCAGCCGCUACUGUCGCAUCCCCUCCGGAUGUUGUUGCAGAGACGGCCACCCCCUCCGUUGCCUCCACUGAGCAUCAAAAGAAGUUGUCAACCGAAGCCGUACUAGGGGAGCGCCUAUCAGCCGAACCCGUCCGCAGCUACUGCAUGCUGAGGGAUGCCACCACGCCAUCGAUCGAGCUGCGUCCCUCCUCUCAAAUUCCGCUGCUGCGGGCGGCCCGACUGCGACGCGCCAACCUUGAACGUCUGCAGCACAACUUCGAACACCAACGGUACGUUUUACAUACGGAGCUGGAGGAUGCCCUCGAAUGGCGGGAGCAGUGUCAAGCGGCGGUGUUGCGUCGACGAAGCAUCGACAGCGGCGCAGCGCUCGUGCCGGUCGUUACGCCGCCGAACUCCCGACCCGUCACCUCCUCAUUCCUCUCCUCCAAACCCGCCACCGAUAUAGUUUCCCAAAGGUUGCUUGACGAGGUGUUUACGCGUCCGUCGAAGCAGCGACCGCACACGGCAGGGGAAGUGCCGGUGCAGUUAGCUGCGGUGAACCACCGUAGUGCGUGGACGACGGAGGCGGCGCGGCGGGCGUUGCGUGAGGAAAAGGAGCGGCUCACAAGUUUGCUGAACGCGUUUGAGGUCACGUGCGGCGCCGCAGCGCUGACGCUGGUGGCCAUGGGGGAGUUCCGUGCGGAGACGAUCACGCGGGUGUGGCAUCCAGAAAAGUUCGUCGGCAACCGCCGUGCUCUUGUGUUCACUCGGGAGCACUUUCUAAGGUUUGCGCAGACCCGCUACUCGCCGCACCUCCCGACACUGUCCAAGGCGCGUGCGGCGCGUCGGGCAUACGACAUCCUGGAUGCGUUGCCGUCCAAAGCGGAGGCAUCGUUUGCGAAGUAUGCCUACGAACUUCUGCCGAGCUCCGCGGCAUCUGUGUAA